UAAUGCAGCAAUGGGGGAUUUUUUUCUUGCAGCAAACGCUCCGGACGCCGCCAGGGCAGCAGGAAUGAGCGGGAGUUUGGGAGAGCGGCGGUGAGGGGGGGGGACCCGACGCCCCGGAGACCCGCGGGCGGGGGAGCGACGCUCGCCGGGACGCGCCGGGGCGGAGGGGAAGGGGGGGCGCGGCGGCAGCGCGGCGCCGCGCGGAAACACCGCUGCCCGCGGGAAAAGCGCGCUGCUCCGCGCCAUGGCACGCCCGCGCUGAGGCCCGCGGCGCCUGAGCGCUCCGCCGCGGGAUUUUUUAUCCCCCCCCCCUUCUUAUUUUUUUUUUUUUUAAAGAAAAAAAAUUAUUUUUAAUAAUAGGCAGAGAGCGCGGAGCUGCGCGGCCCGGCGCGGGCAUGCCCGGCCCCCGGGCAGAGGAGUCCCCGCAGGGGAGCGGGACCCGCCGCGGGGGCUGCCCGCCGGCCGCGGGGCUCCUCCGCCCUCCCUCUCCCGCCUGCCUACAGCCUAACCAGCCCCCUCUCCCCCCCUUCCCCCGCCGUGGCAAAUCCUGACUCGCAGGAGAUCCGCUGGGCAUAGGGAGGGGAUAUAUGUAUUUUUUUAUUUUUUUUUCCCCUCUCUUCCCCCCCCCCCCCCAAGACCUGAGGAAAUCCAGCCCAAGUUCGCCGCGAUGACUGUGCUGCUGGCAUCGGGGUUUCUCCGCGGCAUCCCUGCCUCUGGACCGCCUCGCCGCUGCUGGCUCUGAAUCCUGAGCGCUGGGUUAAAGCUUAAUUCUCAUGUUGUGGUUGCUGGGCUGCCGCUUGCCCGUGUUUUGCGAUGGGAGGUGGAGGAAAAGGGAUUGUCCGUGAGUCAACGCUGAAAAUGUGAUUAGGAGGAACUGCUUUCACUAAUCUGUUUCUAACCAUUUAGUCCAUGGUGGCCUGUGACCCCUUUCAGCUUUCAGAUCGAGCCUGAUUAGACCACAACACUGGUCUCCUUAUGGAAGCAGCUGUUUCCAUCUGGCAUUGAGAUCCCAUGGAGAAGCUGAGGAGGGGGAUGGCUCUUCGUAUCCAUGAAGCCUGGAUACUUCUGGUUGUAAUCCCUGCUUUGGUCACUCCAGCUGCCAUCAAUCAUGAAGACUACCCUGCCGAUGAAGGGGACCAGACCUCCAGCAAUGACAAUCUGAUCUUUGAUGACUACCGAGGGAAGGGCUGUGUGGAUGACAGUGGCUUCGUGUACAAACUGGGAGAACGUUUUUUCCCGGGACAUUCCAACUGUCCCUGUGUCUGUACUGAGGAUGGACCUGUUUGUGAUCAACCAGAAUGCCCUAAAAUCCACCCAAAGUGUACAAAAGUGGAACACAAUGGAUGCUGUCCAGAAUGCAAAGAAGUGAAAAACUUUUGUGAAUAUCAUGGGAAAAAUUACAAAAUCUUGGAGGAAUUUAAGCCCUCGCCAUGCGAAUGGUGUCGCUGCGAGCCCAGCAAUGAAGUUCACUGUGUUGUAGCAGACUGCGCAGUUCCCGAGUGUGUCAACCCAGUCUAUGAACCAGAACAGUGUUGUCCUGUCUGCAAAAAUGGUCCGAACUGCUUUGCAGGAACCACGAUAAUUCCCGCCGGCAUCGAAGUGAAGGUGGACGACUGCAACAUCUGCCACUGCCACAACGGGGACUGGUGGAAGCCGGCGCAGUGCUCCAAGCGCGAGUGCCAGGGCAAGCAGGCUCUGUAGCGGCAAAACCCCCCCCCCCAACCCCCCCGCCAGCCAAACGCCCCGCUGAUGAUGAUGAUGAUGAUGACGACGAUGAGGAAGGAUCAGCUUCGACGCUGCACACGCGUCCGACCUCCCGCCAGCUGCAACAGGGUCACCAGCAAAACCUGUGAGGGUUUCACACAAGCAGAGAUUUUUACUCGUGGGGAAGGGUCUCCCUCUCCCCCCGCUCCUGCUCUUCUCUCGCUUUACACACUAUGUAUCCGGUAUCUAGGUAUCUACUCUGCUUUUGUAAUUAUCAGUGCUUGAGAGGGAUGCGGUGGUCAGAUUUGGGGAGGAACAAAGGAAAAAAACAAACAAACAAACAAAAAAACCCCAAAAAACAAAUGGCCCAAGCAAGUUCUUGGACUGCUGUCGCCUCCAAGACGCCGAUCGAUUCACCGCUCUCACUUUCUACAAUGUGGAUCGUGGGGUUUUUCACGUUUAUUUAUUUAAGGGGGGGUUUUUUUGCUAUUGUGACUUUUUUUUUUUUUUUUUUAAGCCUUUUUCCUAAGCUGGGAUCGUUGGGGCAAUACAGCUGUGAGCGAAGCGAUGGAUCAUCUUUAUCAUGUCUAUAAGGGGGAGGGCCGGUAAGGGCAAGAGGGAGGCAGAAGUUAAAAGGGGAGGAAGGGGUUUAAAAAAAACCCCCCAACUGAAACGUAACCUGUAUAAGGACCGAGGUAGAUGCACAGGUAUACAACCGGACACCCAAGGCACGAGCUGUAUCUGUGUUACACUUUCUCCACUGAGUGGGGACAAUAAAGUUGAAGACACCUACGCAGUCACCAUGGCCUUGAUCGCAGUACGAGCCAACACCGGCUGCCUGGGCAGGCGGGGGCAGUGAGCCAGAAGCGUUGGAAAGGCACAAAAAAAAAAAAAGAAAAAAGCAACGUCUUCCCUGGGUUGUCUCUGCGUGAUGCCUGGCUGGGGCGGUGGUGGCGGAGCAGAGGGAAGAGGGUCCCACCCGUGCCGUGGUUCCGCCGGCUCUCGGGGAUGAGCUGGCGUUCUCCUGCCGUGCUCCGUCGCUGGAGCCAAGGGCAUCGUUGCAUUGAUUUCAGCGACAGCGGGACUCGGCCACUGAGAGUCCAAAUGAAAAUAGCUGAUCCCUCCCCUCUGCCCGCCGCCCUUAGGGAGGUUUCCCGAAACGUCCCAUCGCUGCGCCAGCACUGAACCGGCUUAGCUGGCGCUGCAGCCUGAGGGAGCUGCCCCGGCUCUCCCCCAGUCCCGGGGGCACCUGCGCUGCUGGGGAUAAAGCAGUCAGGGUGCACGGGGGGGCUGGGGACGGGCAUCUGCUCCCACUGAAGGGUGUCUCCAGAAAGCGGCUACCUGCCUGCUGGGAGGAGAGGUCCCUGCGGUUGCUGCCAGCGGUCCCCGUCGCUCCGAGGAAGGGUCCCCUUCAGGCUUUUUGGCACCUCCCGCUUUCUCAGGCUGCGGCUUCCAAGCGACGCCGUGAGAGAAAAGCCACCGAUGUCGUUUCCCUGCUCUGCCCUGCCCAGGUGAGCGCAGGAGCCUUCCCUGUCACCGCCCGCGCCUGGUUUGCUGCUUUUUGGCCAUUAGGGCGAUGGCGCUUGUUUUGUUCCGACUUCAGUCCAGCACCUGCUCUUACCAGCGACGGCAGCAAACCCUCCUUACGGCAUCCUCCGCCGAAGAGGGUCGGCACGGUCGGUCUCGGUUUAUGCACACUGUUGCCUUUAUAUUUUUAUUUCUUCCCCGUUUUUGCAUUUUA